CUUCCAGCCACGACGCUGUUUUCAGCCUCUUACGCAGGAGGAAGAAACCUUGAAGGAAAUGAUCGCUCGUAUCAAAGCGAUGAACAAAAGCCUCGACUCGGCCGUGUCGGUGGGGAACUCCGUGAGCUUCUGCUGCGUGUUAAUGUGAUAUGUCGACACUCUGGUGGUUGAACAUGUGUCAGUCUGCUGCCGAUCUAGUGGAUAAAGAUGGAGUUUGUGUUGUUGUUGUUGUUCAGUGUUCGACCGAGGAAGCUGAGCAUCAUCUUUCCUGCUCAGCUGCUGCGCCCGGAAAUUGAGUCAUGUCAGGUUUUCUGGACGGAAUCCGGUGCGGAGACUGCGAGUGUAAUGUGGACUGGGGGGAGCGGAGGAACACCAUCGCAUCUGUAGCAGCUGGAGUGCUGUUCUUCACUGGUUGGUGGAUCAUCAUCGACGCUGCAGUGAAAUAUCCUGAUCAGGGAGAGUUUCAUCAUGCAUAUCACACUUGUGGAGUCAUCGCUACAGUGGCUUUUCUCAUGAUAAAUGCUGUUUCAAAUGGACAAGUGAGAGGAGACAGCUACAGUGAAGGCUGCAUUGGACAGACAGGUGCACGAGUGUGGCUCUUCAUUGGCUUCAUGCUGGCUUUUGGUUCUCUCAUCGCCUCCAUGUGGAUUCUGUUCGGAGGAUUUGUGGUGCCUCAGAAGCCUGUCGUGUACCCGGGUAUUGCCAUCUUCUUCCAGAAUGCAUUCAUUUUCUUUGGGGGUUUGGUCUUCAAGUUUGGUCGCACAGAGGAUCUGUGGCAGUAAUGGACUGUGUGUCUUUAUGUCCGCUGUUCUACUCGUUGCUUUCUAUAUUGUAUGAGACAAUAUACUUCACUUUAUAAAUAUAUAUCUAAAAAAAAACUUUUUUAGCAUUUAAAUUAACAUGUUUAAUUUAAACCAUUUCCCGUUUAAACGCUUAAUCAUAACUAAGCACAAAUUGUAAUAGAAUCAUUGUAAGUUUAAGUAUUUUCAAAUGCACUGCAUCGUUAAAUGUAGCCUAGUUAGUGGGGUUUACAAGUUGUGUAUAACAAAAUAUGUGUUUUGGAAGAUGCUCUGCCCUGAACUGUCCUUGUUUCCUUUGGACUGCUACGACGUCAUUUAAUUCGAACUGUUGAGUGAGCAAUUGGAAAAACAUAAGUUAUUAUGAUACAAAAUGUAUUGAGAGCCAGGUUUCAAAAUACUGUACACAUACACACAUGCUGAAUGUAACCAUAUUGGGUUGUUUGUAAAAGACGUCAGCUCUGAAGCAUCAUCCACAUUUAUUGUUUUAUUUCACUGCUAUAUUUACUCAUAUACAUUUUGCUUGUGUAAUAUCCAAAUCCAUGAGGUUAUUUCCUGACAAGUAUGACAGCAUUAAACAUAAACCUACUGAACAAUAAAUGACUUACAUUCA